ACCUGUCUGUGUGACGCAAGCAGAGACUACUUAUAGGGAGAUUACAGGCAGUAAGACAGUGCGAGCAGCCUCCCCGAGCUGGGACACCUCUGAUCACCAGGCAGAGAGAUUACCCUGAGCACAGGUCACCUACGCCCGGUGGCUUCCCCUAGAGCAGGUGAAAAGCCUCCCGUUGCAGCAGGUCUCCGAUGUACAGCGAUGGGAGAAUGGACUAUACUAGAAAGACUGCUGGAGGCUGCUGUGCAACAGCACAGUACUAUGAUAGGAAGGAUUCUGCUGACCGUGGUUGUCAUCUUUAGGAUUCUCAUUGUUGCCAUCGUUGGAGAAACUGUUUAUGACGAUGAGCAGACCAUGUUUGUCUGCAAUACUCUCCAGCCAGGCUGCAACCAGGCAUGCUAUGACAGGGCUUUUCCAAUCUCUCACAUUAGAUACUGGGUGUUCCAGAUUAUUAUGGUCUGUACUCCAAGCCUGUGCUUCAUCACCUACUCUGUCCACCAGUCUGCUAAGCAGAAGGAAAGGAGAUAUUCCACUGUAUUCCUCACCCUGGACAGAGACCAGGACUCUGUGAAAAGGGAGGAUAGCAAAAAGAUCAAGAACACCUUGGUUAAUGGGGUCCUGCAAAACACAGAAAACUCAACCAAGGAAGCUGAACCAGACUGCUUAGAGAUCAAGGAAAUCCCCAACCCUUCCAUAAGAACCACAAAAUCCAAGAUGAGGCGCCAAGAAGGGAUCUCCAGGUUUUAUAUAAUCCAAGUGGUCUUCAGAAAUGCUCUGGAAAUUGGCUUUCUUGUGGGACAGUACUUUUUGUAUGGCUUCAAUGUGCCCUCCCAGUACGAAUGUGACAGGUAUCCUUGCAUCAAAGAGGUGGAGUGUUAUGUGUCCAGGCCCACAGAGAAGACAGUGUUUUUGGUUUUCAUGUUUGCAGUCAGUGGCCUCUGUGUUGUUCUUAAUUUGGCUGAGUUGAACCACUUGGGGUGGAGAAAGAUUAAGAUGGCAGUCAGAGGAGUACAGGCAAAAAGGAAAUCAAUUUAUGAGAUCCGGAAUAAGGACUUGCCAAGGAUGGGUGUACCGAAUUUUGGCAGGACUCAGUCUAGUGAUUCAGCCUAUGUGUGAGGAUGUUUCAUACACAACAGCUGAACACUGGAACCACGCAGCAUGAGACGAUGGGGGGAAGGGUGUCUGAUUAAUGGAAUGCCAUUGAACUGCAAGAAUGUGCUGGUUGGUAAAGUUAAUAUCAAUCAGUAGCAGUUGCCAUUGAUUUAAUUGGUGGAAAUCUCUGGCUCGAUAGCUGAUACUUCUGUUUAAAUUCUACGUUUUAUAUUAUACCUUUGUGAACAGAAUUUCAAAAUAUUAUCUUAAAUUGCCUCAGAAUUACUGAAGUUGUGGUUACGUUACUGUAUCAGGUUAAUUGCUACAUUCAAAGACAAACUGGGCAAAUCACUGAUGCUGCUACUGGCACUGAAACGUAUCUGGUACAAAGAGAUAUACUAGCACCAACAAAUAGGUACACUGUGGCUCUCCUUCCCUUGCUGUCACCAGCAGGACACACUGGCAGUUGUAGAAGUAACAGGUUUGUCAAGGCCUGAAAUAACCCCUACAUUACUGUAUAAGUCUCUUUGUACCAACAGGAGCACUGAAGAGGUGUCUUAAAGAACCAAUACUGCCAACUACUCCUCACUCCUACAGUCAAACCACUUUCAAGUCUGUUCAAUGAAGGACAUUUUUUAGAAUUUUUGGGCAAAAAACAAAACAUUAAUUGUGUUGUUAUUCCACUGAGCAGAU